AUGUGUGCUGUGAUAGAGAAGGCGGAGGCGGAGGCGGCGGUGUUGCCACCUGAGACGAAGAAGGGCAUCCGGGGAUUUAGGACGGAGAAGAAUGCCGGGAAUUUGAAGCUGCAGCCGAGUAGGAAUGAUUUUCCCUUUGGGAAUUUCGCCGGAAUCCCACUGCCCAGGUCGAGAAACUCCACUGCGGCGGUGUCUCCGGCCGGAGAUCAGUUCGACGCCGCCGCCGUCAAGUUGCAGAAAGUUUACAAAAGUUACCGAACAAGACGGAACCUCGCCGAUUGUGCCGUUGUCGUUGAAGAAUUAUGGUGGAAGGCGUUGGACUUCGCAGCGCUACGGCGGAGCUCUGUGUCGUUUUUCGACUCCGACAAAUCGGAAACCGCCGUGUCGAAGUGGUCAAGGGCCGGAGUAAGAGCCGCAAAGGUGGGGAAGGGCUUAUCGAAGAAUGAGAAAGCUCAGAAAUUGGCUUUGAGACACUGGCUUGAAGCUAUCGAUCCACGUCAUCGCUACGGCCACAAUCUCCACAUUUACUACAAUGUUUGGUUUCAAAGUCAAAGCUCACAGCCCUUUUUUUAUUGGUUGGAUAUCGGAGAUGGAAAAGAGAUUAAUCUCGAAAAGUGCUCUAGAGCUGUUCUACAACGACAAUGCAUUCAAUAUCUCGGGCCUAAUGAAAGAGAAUCUUACGAAGUGAUCGUGAAGGAAGGGAAGCUGGUGUACAAACAAAUUGGCAUUUUUGUUCACACUCUCAAUAAUGACUCCAAAUGGAUCUUCGUCCUUAGUGCUUCCAAGAAUUUGUAUGUCGGGAAAAAGAUAAAAGGACAUUUUCAACACUCUAGCUUUCUCGCCGGCGGUGUCACGACAGCGUCUGGCCGGUUGGUCGCCUAUGACGGUAUUCUAAAGGCAAUAUGGCCGUAUAGUGGGCAUUACCGUCCAACCGAAGAGAAUUUCAUGGAGUUCAUUGCAUUCUUGAAGGACAACAAUGUUGACCUAACAAACGUUAAGAGAUGUGCAACAGACGAUGAUGUACCUCCCAACAACAACGGAAAGAAAAUGGACGAAACCACAUCAUCUUGGAGCACAGAAGAGGAGAAGGAAAACACCCGCGACUCCGCGGCCGCAGCGGAAACCGAACACGGCGGAGGAGCCACCGUGGAAGCUGGCGGAAUGAGAAGAAGCAAGUGGACGACCGGCGCCGGGCCUCGCAUUGGGUGCGUAAGAGAAUAUCCGACGAAGCUCCAAUUUCAGGCAUUGGAGAAGCUGAAUCUGUCGCCAAGAAUCUCCACGCAACAACCUUUCAACUCCAAUAUGCCAAUUCCAUCCCCAAGGCCUAGCCCUAGAAUCCACAUGUCCCCUAGGCUUGCCUCCAUCGUCCUACCGAGUCCCCGAACUUCCCGAUAA